AUGGUCUAUGGACAUGUGAUGGAUGCAGUUGCUUUUUCAAACGAAGCUGGUGGUAAUAAUUGUCCGGUUGAUAAAACACGCCGGAAUUGGUGUCCAUCUUGCCGAUUACGCAAAUGCUUUCAAAUGCAAAUGAACCGGAAUGCUGUGCAAAAGGAACGUGGUCCACGUACAGAUAAACGAGUGAAAUUAUUAAUAGAAUAUUCAAUCAGUGAAAAAAAAGAGCAAAUACUAAUAGAAGCAAUUCGACGUCCACUCAAUACAAUUUUGAUGAGUUUUAUUUCACCGGCAGAUAAAUUUACAAUCCUAUCUCGUUACUGGCCAGCAUUUUUUAUACUUCAUUGUACUAUCGCUAUAGAUAUACCACCUCUUCGUGAUCUAAAGUUAAACGAAGUAAUACAAUCAGCAAGACAAGACGAUUAUAUUAGCAAUUUAGAUUGUGAAGAAAUACGACUAACAGUAUGCUAUGCUCUUUGCAAAUUGGGUCGAAAAAAUGGAAAGCUGAGUUUUGCUUCUAGUCUGGAUAGUACCUAUCGAUAUUGGUUAUCACGUCACUGCUCCAUCUUUUAUCCUCAUUUGUUAAAUCGAGACGAACGAAUUGUAAAUUACACCGACUUCAUAUUGCUAUAUUGUGAGCAUAUCUCGAUGAUCAAUGAGUUUACGCCAUCUACGCAUCCAGUAGACGUAAUUCGAACUCUUUUACACAUUAAUAAAUUGACCUAA